GUUUGGACUGACUGACUGGAGUUUAUUUGGAGAACAGACCGUGAUGAAGCUGCAUCUCAAGCUCCUGCUGUGCAGCUCUGUCUGUCUACAAGUUCUACAACUUCUCCAUCCCACUCAUGCUCACACUGCAGCUCUUUGGGAAACUGAUCCUUCAUACUGGAAUGAACAAGCGAAGAAAAUGCUGGACAAUGCACUCAAAAUCCAGCCACAGACACACAGAGCUAAAAACAUCAUCCUUUUCCUCGGUGAUGGAAUGGGUGUGUCCACUGUCUCAGCUGCCCGAAUCCUGAGAGGACAGAUGGAUGGAGGAUCAGGGGAGGAGACUGUCCUUGCCAUGGAUAUGUUUCCUUACCUUGCACUGUCAAAGACGUACAGCGUAGAUAAACAGGUAGCGGACAGUGCAAGCACAGCCACAGCAUACCACUGUGGUGUUAAAGCACACUCUAAAACAGUGGGUCUAAGUGCAAGUGCCAUUCCCUACGAGUGCAACACAACCUUCGGAAAUGAAGUUUAUUCCGUCCUGCACCGUGCUAAAUUACAAGGUAAAUCAGUAGGCAUUGUGACUACCACUCGAGUCCAGCAUGCAUCUCCGGCAGCAGCAUAUGCCCACUCAGUGAGCCGCAGUUGGUACAGUGAUGCUGAUUUACCACCAGAAGCCCAACAAGAUGGCUGUGUGGACAUUUCCACUCAACUCAUCACCAACACUGACAUCGAUGUUAUUCUUGGAGGUGGACGGAUGUACAUGACACCCAAAGGCACUCCAGAUCCAGAAUAUCCGUUUUCAUCGUCACGGAAAGGUGACCGAGAGGACAAGAUGAACUUAAUUGAGGCAUGGCUGGAUGAGCGGAAGGACAGAAGUGCUCAGUAUGUUUGGAAUAAAGAGCAGUUUAACGCAGUGGAUGUGAACACUACAAACUGUCUGAUGGGGCUGUUUGAACCAAAGGACAUGAGGUUUGAGGUAUUCAGGAACCAGACACGUGAUCCCUCCAUCGUGGAUAUGACUGAGAAAGCCAUUCAGAUCCUCCAGAAGAACCCAAAUGGAUUUUUCCUCUUUGUGGAAGAUGAGGGCAGGAUCGAUCAUGGCCACCACGCUGGCAUUGCUAAACUGGCGCUAACAGAGACAGUGAUGUUUGACCGAGCUAUUCAUCGAGCAUCUCAGCUCACCAAAGAGUCAGAAACUCUCACCAUUGUCACUGCAGAUCACUCACAUGUCUUCACGUUUGGCGGGAACACACCCCGGGGAAACCCUAUUUUUGGACUGGCACCAAAGAAUGCAGAUGACAGACUUCCAUUUACUAGUAUCCUGUAUGCUAAUGGCCCUGGAUAUGUGCACAUAAACGGGACGAGAGCGAAUGUGUCAGCAGUGGAUUACUUCGAUGAGGAAUACAUGCAGCAGGCUGCUGUACCAUUAGAUGCCGAGACUCAUGGAGGCGAAGAUGUGGCAAUUUAUGCUAAAGGCCCAAUGGCACACCUUUUCCAUGGAGUUAAAGAGCAGCAUUACAUUGCUCAUGUGAUGGCAUAUGCCGCCUGCCUCCAUCCCUAUAGCGACUGCCCCCCUGAGCUCAACUCUGCCCCUCGACUUUCCCUCUCUCUGUCACUUGGUUUAUCAUGUGCAGUGAUUUGGAUUAGCUCAAGAUGACAGUGUAACUCUACCCCUGUGCUCCAACAUGGGCUUUAAUGAACCCUCAUCUACUUCCCCUUGGUGGAGUCCCCUUAGUCGUUUUAAGAGUUUUUGCCUGUGAAGACAAGAUGUUGUUGAAACUUGAUCAUGUGAUAUUUCUUCAGCUCAACCUGAAAUCUGCCAUAAAAUACUGGUUUUAAUUACACAAUAUGCCAUUUUAAGAACAUUAGCUGCCUAAAUCUCCCCAUUGUAGGAUAAUAAAGGUCUUCUUAUCUUAUCUUAAAUUUUGAUUUUGCUUUCUUUUGUGUAUAUAUAGUUUAUUAUGGUGGAAAGUUACAUUUGAUUAACGGUGGUAU